AUGACAAUAGAAUUAAAUCAACCUGUUGAAUAUACCAAUGAAUUAUUAAAUUCUUUACCUUAUAAAUCUACAUCUUCAGAAGUUUGUUUAAAUACAUGUAAAAAUAUGUCUAAAGAGAAUGAAUUCAAGACAAAAAAAUUAGUCCCAGUCCAACGAACUUACAAUGAAUGUAUUCUUUACGCUUUAGGUGAAUGGAGGUGUGCAUGUCUAACAACCGUUUUAGUCACAGGUAUUAUUUUAGUAUCAUCAUGCGGUGUUAAGCAGCUAAAAAAUUACAUGAAUUCAUCUCAGUCAGAUACACACUAUCCUAUUUCAUAUCAUAAAUACGAUCAAAGUUUUCAAUUAUUGUGUCAAACAAGUUCUCUUCUAAUUAUUAAUGGUUUAUUAUUUCUAGUCUAUUUAAUUUAUUUAAUUGAAUCAUGGCAAUCAAGAAACUGGAUUCAAACAACAUGGUUAAUUGAUACAAAAAUGGCAUAUAAUUUAAUACAUAAUGCACAUAAACUUAUUCCUUCUAUUCUUUGGCAAAUCAAAUGUUAUCAUUAUGCUCAUAAUACACCACAAUAUUAUAAUCAUUAUCAACAGAAUCCAAUGCAACAAUCCAUAACAUUAAAUGAAACUGAUUUAAGUAAACCAAUUAAAUAUUCAUUUAUCCAAAAUCAUUUUAAUAAUUCAAUGAAAGAAACAAAUACUCAAAAUAAUCAAUAUCUAUUGAAUUCCAAUAAGAUCCCUAAACUUUUAUCUCAUUCUAUUAAUAACACCAAUAUAAAUCCAAUUAAAUGUCACCGUAUUAUAACAAUGAAUAAAAUGUGUUCAUUUGAUUUAUCUAAAAUUGAUGCAAUAUGGGAUCUAUCAGAUAAUAUUAGUGAAUUAGAUAAAUUUCAAUUAAUUGAAUUAAAUAUAAAAACAUUAUUUAGUUUUUCUGAUAAGAAAACUUAUUUAGAAUAUCAAAGACAAAAACAAGAAUUUUUUACAACUUAUGAAAAAUUUGAUGUUUACAUGGAAACUGAACAAAUAUGUACUUUUACAGAUUUUAUGAAAUUACCUAAAAAAUGUCUUAUUAUUCAUCAAUCAUCAAAAUUACCAUUCUAUUUAAAAGAUCUAACUUAUUUAAUAGCUACACUUUUAUUAUGUUCAUUGCCAUUAAGAAUUUAUAUUUAUGCAAAUAAAGCUAAAUUAAAUUGUAAAAUUCAUAAAAUAUUUGGUUCUAAACCAAUAAAUCAUUCAUUAAAAUUAAUUCCAUUAAAUAAAAAUUCAUUAAUAAAUACAUUUCCUAAUUAUACUAUACCAUCAUCACCAUCAUCAUUAUCAUUAUCAAAUCAUAUCUUAAAUGGUACUAAUCAUAAUAACAAAUUACAUGACAAUAAUGAAGCUAUUGUAUUAUUUAAUAAACAUAUUUUAGAUAAUACUACUGAUUUAAUACAAAACUAUAAUAAAAAACAUAAAAUGAUUUCAAAAGAUUCUUAUGAUUUCAAUCAUAGAAAAUAUGAUAAUAAAGUAAAUAUUAAACAUAGUUCUAUUGAAGAUGAAGAUCAUGAUGAUGAUGUUGAAGAUGAAGAUGAAGAAAUGUUAUCAUUGGAUAUACGAUUUGAUGAAUACAUAAAAAAUAAAUGUAUUAAAAAUGAUAAAAGGAACAUAGAAAAUCAUCAUAAUCAUUAUGAAUUAAAUACUGUUUUAAAAAAUUCUAAUGCUGAUAUAAAAUCUGUGUGAAAUAUACUACUUAAUAGUAUUUUUGUUAUUAAAAUGUAUAUUGUUUAAAGUUUUAAAGCAUAUGAAUAUUUAUAUCAAGUGAACUCAAAAGAUGUAAAGUUACAUUAAGAAAGUGUUGUAUCCGAGCGAAGAUUAAAUUAUGAGUAACUUCUGAGAUCUAUUAAUGGACUAUUAUUAUUUAUAUAUUCUCAUGGUGUAAAUAUUCGGUAACUAGAUUAUGUAUAUCUAUAUUCCCUUUGUUAUAAGCUUUAUUUUGACCUAUAAUUUAUUAUUGUACGAUUUACGGUUAGUAAGCUAUGUUCAGUUUAUUGACUACUGCCUCCCACGUUCAUAGCCACAUUUGGCCAAAUAUUGUACAAAUGUUAUUUCCUAUUUUAUGGUACGUUGUGG